AUGCAUAGCCGUCGUCCGACACGUCACCGGGACGAUGCAAGGCUACGGCUUGUCACUGCUUCAAGAAAGGUUUUUGUGGGGAAUGUCGGGCCUGAUGUGAACCCGGAGAGGUUGAAGGGGUUUUUCGCCAAGUUUGGGGAGAUUGAAGAGGGGCCUUUCGGGCUUCUGGCUAACGGAAAGUUUAAUGGGUAUGCUAUUUUUGUGUAUAAGACGGCAGAGGGAUGCAAGAAGGCCUUGGAGGAGCCGAUGAAGGCUUUCGAAGGGAUUGUUUUGAAGUGCAAGCCGGCGGCGAAUGAAGGGGUGAAGCUGAAGGUGCAGGGCCUGACACCUUCAAUACCAGCAGCGAGCCCAUUGGCAGCAGCGAGUCCAUUGCCAGCAGUGAGCCCAUUGCCACCAACUGAUCUUGCAUUGAACUAUGCAUCGGGUCUGGUUUGA